UUUCUGCUCUACUUCACUGAACUUUGCUUAACGUAAUUUGUGCGUUCACAACACUGCACCUGGGUUUGAAAAAGCUGCAUUCAAGGUUCACUGAGAACGCUGAGGUUUUCCCCCAAGGCACAAACCACUGGAUUGCUAUGGAUGAAAGUGAAAUAAGAAAAAGGAAGGAGUCACAGAAUGGCUCCACUGGCUACACCAAAGAUGUUAAGGAGGCGGUGAAGGCCACUGCUCUUCAAAAGGAUGUUGGUCUGCUGAGUGGCACUUGUCUCAUUGUGGGCACUAUGAUUGGCUCGGGUAUCUUCAUUUCUCCAAAGUCUGUUUUGCUAUACACUGGAGCUGUGGGACCCUGCCUCCUAAUCUGGGCUGCUUGUGGCGUGUUGUCUACUCUGGGAGCAUUAUGUUAUGCCGAACUUGGAACCAUGAUCACCAAAUCAGGGGGAGAAUACCCCUAUUUAAUGGAGGCUUUUGGCUCCAUUAUUGCCUACCUUUACUCCUGGACAACUGUCAUGGUUCUAAAGCCAUCAUCCUUUGCUAUCAUCACACUAAGCUUUGCAGAAUAUGCAUCUACUCCUUUCUACCCUGGCUGCACUCCACCUCUACUUGUUACCAAGUGUCUAUCAGCAGCAGCUAUAAUCAUCAUCACCUUCAUCAACUGUUUUAGUGUCAAACUGGCAAGCUAUGUGCAGAACUUCUUUACUGCAGCCAAACUUGUAAUUAUUCUCAUAAUAGUUGGAGCUGGCAUCGUUCUGUUGGCAAAAGGAAAAACUAAGAAUUUUUCAAGCUUUGAUGGUACUUCAACAUCUUUUGGAGCAAUUGGACUUGCAUUUUAUAAUGGACUUUGGGCUUAUGAUGGAUGGAAUCAACUAAAUUUCAUCACAGAGGAGCUAAAAAACCCAUUCAGGAACUUGCCACUGGCGAUUAUCCUUGGGAUUCCUUUGGUUACUGUGUGCUAUGUUUUGGUCAAUGUUGCUUACUUCACUGUUAUGAGCACAACUGAACUGCUUUUGUCUCCAGCGGUUGCUGUGACUUUUGCAGACCGAGUCCUUUACCCAGCAGCUUGGAUUGUUCCUCUCUUUGUUGUCUUCUCAACAUUUGGUUCUGCCAAUGGAAGCUGCUUCACUGCUGGCAGACUGGUCUAUGCAUCUGGCAGGGAAGGACACAUGGUGAAAAUCUUAUCCUAUAUUAGUGUGAAACGCUUCACUCCCGCCCCUGCUCUUAUUUUCAAUGGUGUUUUGGCUAUUUUCUACAUUAUUCCAGCAGACAUCAACUCGCUCAUUAACUACUUCAGCUUUGCCCAGUGGCUGUUCUAUGGGCUGACAGCACUGGCUCUCAUAGUCAUGCGUUUCACUAGAAAGGAGCUGCACAGGCCAGUUAAGGUACCAAUUGUCAUAGCAGUCUUAAUGGUCCUGGUGUCCUGCUACCUGGUCUUGGCACCCAUUAUUGAUAAGCCAGAAUUGGAAUACCUUUACUGUACUAUCUUCAUCUUCAGUGGCCUUCUCCUUUACUACCCGUUUGUCUACCGGAAGGUGAACUGGGGACGCAAAAUCAUGAGGCCCAUCACUAUGCAUCUCCAGCUGCUAAUGGAAGUAGUUCCUCCUGAGAAAACUGAAUGAGAAGGGUCGUGCCGUGUCGGUGUCUACAGGGUAAUGAAAGAUAUCCUGCCUAAUUUUGGAAAUAGGAAAUGUGUUAAGAGUGGGUUAGUGUCACAUUUCACAGCUCACUUCUCUUGAAAAACAAAGUAGGGUAAGAUGAAAUAAUUUAAAGUUGUUGGUUCAGGGCUCAGAAAUUGUAUUUCUGUAGAAUGACUCCAACUGCAGGAUACAGUGGGAGUAUCUGCAGGAUACAGUAUCUAAAAUUCAAACUGAAAAAAAAAUUAAAGGGUAGGAUUUCAAUUUAAGAUGCGCAGAUUUUUUGUGAAUAUAACCAGUGCUUGCAUUAAGCAAUCAUUGUACAAGCAAUUACUGUAUGUGGCCACAUUGCAAAACAUUUUUUAUUUGGUCAAAGAUCACUUCAUGUAAACCUAAUGGAAUUACAUGCAUGAAUCAGCACUCGAGCAAAGGGAAAUGAAAAACAUUUCAAUUGUGUUGUAAAGGAAAGACACACAUGAAGAUUGGGUAGAUCUUGCAAGAUGUGUAACUUUUCUUGUUUUUCUCAGAUGUCAGAAAUUUGUUAAUGUUUGUGCAUUUUUAACAGUGCU